CUUUGUGUAUGGUAACACGUUGGGGUCCCAAUGUUAUCGUAAAAGGUAAACAGGGAUUCAUCCGGAGAUGAGUGAAUCAACAGGAAAUGAAGCGCAAAAAGGACAAGGCGUAGAUGUUGCUUCUGGCCUGGAAGGCGAACCAAACACAACAUCUUUUAUGCGAAAUACCAUGGUGAGUAGCACAAUGGUCAGUGGAGAAGCAUCUGAAACUGAUGAUGAAGAUGAGGAAAAUGAGGAAAAUCCAGGAAAUAUGAAAGAAGAUGAAGAUUUGGCGACAGAAGAUAAACAUUUAAAAGAGGAAGGAGAUGCAGACACUGACAUCUUGGAAUCUGAACAGGACACAAGUGCAGGGAAAGCCAAGAGACAGAAAAUUGUCUAUAAGUUUGAUUCUCCAUUCCACCGGAAACUGAGAGAAAGAAAUUUGGAGCUGCGAAGUGACCUUGUGGAAGGCUUAACUAAGAGUUACAAGUCAGCAGGUUCUAAACUUGAAAGCUCCACCUUUCAUCUCAGCAGAGCACAGACAGCUGCAUUGGAUGUCUCACAUAAUACAAGAAUGAUGCUUGAAGAUCUCACUACAAUUUCAACGUUACUGGAGAGCAUUUUGGGGACAGGAAAACUGCUACCUCUUAAAGUUACUGUUAAUUAUAAGUAGUCGAAGAUUCAAUGAAAUAAAUAUAUUAAACCAUAUGUUUAAUUUUA